AUGUCGGUUGCCAACGUGAGCCGGACACGGAGCACAUCCAAGGCGAAGGAGAAACCGAACCGCGGAUGUUUGUCUCCGGCGUCGGCGAGCCUGGUGGCGGCGUCCGUGCCCCAGCCGUCGGAAUUUCCGUCUUGCCCUUUAACUCCUCUUUUUUCCUCAAUUACCCUCCAAGAUGGCGGCGCUGAGGACGCUGGCUUCGGCGCGCCUCCUGCGGGCGGGGCGGCGAGUGUCUCCGCCCGGAGCCCCUCCUGCGCAACUCCUUCAGGACUGGCGUCUGCGGUCACCGACGGCCUUCUGUUCCUGGGCACAGGCGUUUCGUGUGCGCUUCCUCAACUCGGGCAUGUUCUGCCCAUGGCAGAGCCAUCUCAUCCUUUCCACCCCUUUCUGCAUUUGCCGAUAGAUCGGCUUCCUUCGAGCGACGUCCUUCACCGGCUGGCUGCCACGCACGCGGAGAAGGAGUGCCGGCGACAAGAAUCCUCAGGAGACUCGGCUCGCGAAGCUUGUUCAUCGCGCAGCGCGAAGGAAGCGGAAAAUCCAAAUGCGAGUUGUGGAGCGCAGGCGACCUGCGGCCCCCCGUCGUCCUUCCCGGGCACACAGGGCCAUUGCGAAAUAGGCGCCUCGCAGAAGGAAGAUUCAGGCGCCGCGGUGGCGUGUGUGUCGUGUUUUAUGAGCUGGAGGGAUGCGAGAGAUGCGAAUCACCGGAACAACGUUUCAGCGGCUCUUCGAAUCGGCGGGAAAACGAUUCUCAUCGACUGCGGCAAGACUUUUCGGGAGGCGGCGCUCGCAUACUUCCCCCCCAACCAGAUUUCCACGCUGGACGCCGUCCUCUUGACGCACGACCACCAGGACGCGGUAGGUGGCAUCGACGACUUGCGAGAUCUUCAGCACUUCACGCGUCCUGCCCUGGUGAAUCCCGGCUCCCUGAUGCCAGACGCACAUGCUGUUGCUCAGCGGGAGCCCCGUGGCUCGCCAUCUUCUGUUUGCGAGACCGAUGGCGCGACGGGCUCGUCUGGGUCCAUGACGCCGCAGGCUGCGCCGACGGAGUGCAUUCUCGAAGCUGGCGAGAGCGCCAGGAAAGACGGGCACAUGCGCAAGGCCCUCGGCUACCGCCCCGAAGGGCUGCUCGAGUGCUUCCUCGGGACGCGGACUCUGCGGUCGCUCUGCAGCAAGUUCAGGUACAUCGUCGAGACGUCUUGGCAGAUGCAGCGGUGGCUCAUGGAGCAGCCUGCGGCGGUGCCGGAAGGAAACACGGUCGCGUCGGGCCGGAAGCGAAGGAAAACCGACGGCAAGAAGGACUCUGCAGCCCUCCUGAUUGUCAACAACGACGAGACGAACGUGCACGAAGAGGUCGUCGCGGACUCGCUCAUGUCGCUCGACUGCGCCUCGGCUCCCGUUCUCGAACGGAAAGUCGCCUGUCUCGCUUUUCAUCUCCUCAACGACGUCGCACCUAGUGAUGCGUCUCUCUCGAACUGCGCGAAGAGUCCUCGUCGACCGGCGACAGAGAACGAGGAAGGAGCUCCUCAAGCGGCUCAAGGCGGUCCCACGGACUUCUCCGGUGCCGCCCCCGCUGCUGAGAAGAGGAAUGGAGGAAGCCGAGAAGCGACAGCGGCCUCGGGGGCUCCUCUGCCCUCGGGGGACAAACACAUCGCAGCGUCGUCGAGCGCCAGCGAAAAAUCGAAAAAACGGGCCCCUGACGAUCUGGAGGCGAUGUGGGAGCGACUCCCUAAGCCUGUCGCUGACGAUGCGGGCUUCUCUACUAUCCGGAUAUCUGGCGUCCCUGUCGCGAUCUAUUCUUUUCCAGUUUACCACGGCGGCCCAUACGUCUCUUUGGGCUUCCUGGUUGACGGCCGAGAAAAACUCGUCUACAUUUCGGAUGUGACCUCUUUCCCGGCGCCCGUCCUGCACCGACUGCGCCAUAUGGAGGGCUUGGAUACUCUGGUCGUUGACGCAAUCGGCGAGAAGCUUCACAACGCGCACUUCUCGGUCCAGGAGGCGCUAGCCUUGGCCGUUAAUCUGCAGCCCAGGAACGUCUUUUUCGUAGGCAUGUCCUGUUCGCUGGAGCACGGGAAGACCAACAAGCGCCUCGCCAUCUGGCUGCGCCGCCACCGGGAGCUCUUCCAGCAGAAGUAUGGCAGGGAGUCGCGACUCGAGAAGGUCGUCCUCGCUGUCGACGGCCUCUUCGUGCCCAUGGCGUUUUGA